GGGAAGCGCACUGCUGCUCCGCCUCGCACACGGACGCACGGACGCUGUCCUCGCGCGCCUCGGCUGCUGUGCGCUCUUCUCCGUCCGCGCGCGUCUUCUCCUCUUUCUACUGUCCGGAUCUAGGGGGGGCGGGGGUGUCGAGGUGGAGGCAUGUAGCAGAGGAUUCACGGCGCAGAGCGAGCAGCAUGUAGCAGCACCUGGAGCUCCGCGAACAUCGCCCGCCUCCCUCCUCCUCCGGCUCCUCUGCCCUGCCGGAGCGCUCGUUGCUCCUCUCGGGCUGAAGCAUCGCCUGCACCGGGAUCUUUCCGAGGAUUUUUUUUCUGAAGGGGUGGGUGGGGGGUUUGUUUACUGCACGGGAGUGUGAGCGUGUUCCUCCCCGCCGCUCUGCACCUCUCGGUCGAUGGUCGUUGGGGAAGCUUCCAUCUUGAGUCCCGUGUCUACCGAGAGAACCAUGGCGAGCGACUCCCCGGCACGGAGUCUGGACGAGAUAGACCUGUCUGCACUACGGGACCCAGCUGGUAUCUUUGAGCUGGUCGAACUGGUUGGGAAUGGCACCUAUGGGCAGGUCUACAAGGGUCGCCAUGUCAAAACUGGCCAGCUCGCUGCCAUCAAGGUCAUGGAUGUCACAGGCGAUGAGGAGGAGGAGAUUAAAGCCGAGAUCAACAUGCUGAAGAAGUACAGCCACCACAGGAACAUAGCAACCUAUUAUGGAGCCUUCAUCAAGAAAAAUCCUCCAGGAGUGGACGACCAGCUCUGGCUGGUGAUGGAGUUCUGCGGGGCCGGCUCGGUGACAGAUCUGAUCAAAAACACCAAAGGGAACUCCCUGAAGGAGGAGUGGAUCGCCUACAUCUGCAGAGAGAUCCUCAGGGGUCUGACCCACCUCCACCAGCACAAGGUCAUCCACAGAGAUAUCAAAGGCCAGAACGUGCUGCUGACGGAGAACGCGGAGGUCAAACUCGUGGACUUUGGUGUGAGUGCUCAGCUGGACCGUACGGUGGGACGGAGGAACACGUUUAUUGGGACCCCGUACUGGAUGGCCCCGGAGGUCAUCGCCUGUGAUGAGAAUCCUGAUGCCACGUAUGACUUCAAGAGUGAUCUGUGGUCGCUCGGUAUCACAGCCAUAGAGAUGGCAGAGGGAGCGCCACCUCUGUGUGACAUGCAUCCAAUGAGGGCGCUCUUCCUCAUCCCCAGAAAUCCUGCCCCGAGACUCAAAUCAAAGAAGUGGUCGAAGAAGUUCCAGUCGUUCAUAGAGAGCUGCCUGGUGAAGAGUCACAGCCAGAGGCCGAGCACCGAGCAGCUCCUCAAGCACCCCUUCAUCAGAGACCUCCCCAACGAGCGGCAGGUCCGCAUCCAGCUGAAGGACCACAUCGACCGCACCAAGAAGAGGAGGGGCGAGCGAGAUGAGACGGAGUACGAGUACAGUGGGAGCGAGGAAGAGGAUGAAGAGAGGGACAUAGGAGAGCCCAGCUCCAUCAUCAAUAUUCCGGGCGAGUCCACGCUGAGGCGAGACUUCCUGCGUCUGCAGCUGGCCAAUAAGGAGCGGUCGGAGCUGAUCCGGCGUCAGCAGCUGGAGCAGCAGCAGAACGAGGAGCACAAGCGCCAGCUACUGGCCGAGAGACAAAAACGUAUAGAAGAGCAGAAAGAGCAGCGGCGACGGCUGGAGGAGCAACAGCGUCGCGAGCGAGAGCUGAGGAAGCAACAGGAGCGAGAGCAGAGGAGGAGGUAUGAAGAGAUGGAGCAGCUCCGCCGCGAGGAGGAGAGGAGGCACGCCGAGAGAGAGCAGGAGUAUAUCCGUAGACAGCUGGAGGAGGAGCAGAGGCAGCUGGAGAUCCUGCAGCAGCAGCUCCUGCAGGAGCAGGCCCUACUGCUGGAGUACAAGAGGAAGCAGAUCGAGGAGCAGCGGCAGGCCGAGCGGCUGCAGAGGCAGCUGCAGCAGGAGCGGGCGUACCUGGUGUCGCUGCAGCAGCAGCAGGAGCCGGCGCGACCGCCGCAGGACAAGAAGCAGCUGUACCACUACAAGGAUCAGGCGCCCAGCAGCAACGACAAGCCCACCUGGGCCAAAGAGGUGAUGCGUCGAGCUCAGAGCAACUCCCCCCGCAUCGCCCCAAAGAACUAUAACUCCUUCAUGGAGAAGCAAGACAUCAACUUUGAAGAGCUCCUCAAGCUCCCUGGGUACAAACCUCGGUCCCGUCCCCCCUCCUACCCUGUCCACGUCAGCCCCACCAGACAUCACAUUCACACACCUCGAAUCCGCAUCACCUGCGUCCCCGAGCCCGCCUACUCUGAGCCUGUGGGGUCCCGGAGGAGCCCUGACAGGAGUCCCGACAGGAGCGCUGACUCCAGGGGCCGCAGCCCCAGCCGCUUGCAUAAAGUCUCCAACCGGAUCUCCGACCCAACCCUGCCGCCUCGCUCCGAGUCCUUCAGCAGCGGGGGCAUCCAGCAGGCCCGGACUCCGCCCAUGCACCGCUCCAUGGAGCCACAGAUGGCCCACCUGGUGCAGGUGAAGAGUCAUGGCUUGUCAGGCUCCCAGUCCCUGUACGACCCCCACGGCGUGUCCUCCUCCUCGGCGUUGCCCUCCCCCUCCCGGCCUCCCAUGCCCCGGCAGAACUCUGACCCCACCUCUGACACCCCUCCUCCCCCGCCCCUGUCCCGCCUGGCGCCCCCCCUCGACAAACUGGACCGCAGCUCCUGGCUGCGGCAGGACGACGACAUGCCCCCUAAGGUUCCUCAGAGGACGACCUCCAUCUCUCCGGCUUUGGUCAGGAAGAACUCUCCUGGAAACGGGCCAGGCCUCGGCCCGCGGGCCGGCGCUCACCUCAUACGGGCCAGCAACCCUGACCUGCGGAGGCCCGACAUGUACUUGGACACUCCCCUGAAGAGAACAAGCAGCGGCAGCUCCUCCAGCUCCAGCACCCCCAGCUCUCAGGGAGGCUCCAACGAGCGAGGUAAUUCAGCCUCUAAGACUGAAGGCCACGACGCCAAAGACGACAACAGAGAGAUAACCCGACCCAGCAGGCCUGCAGAUCUGACGGCUCUGGCCAAAGAGCUUAGAGAGCUGCGGCAGGGCGAGGAAACCAGCCGCCCGCCGGUCAAAGUGACUGACUACUCGUCGUCCAGUGAGGAGUCCCACAGCAGCGAGGAUGAGGAGGGAGAGGGCGGGGCUAACGAUGGAUCUGUGGCCGUCAGUGAUAUCCCACGCAUCAUGCCCGCUGCGAGUCAGAGCACCAACGAGUCCUUCGGCACAGCGGGAGAGCACAACGACACCAACGAGGACACGUAUGCAAACAGCUCCCAGGACAGCACCCUGGUGAUGCGUGAGAAACACAGGGAACGGAGGCGGAGCUCAACCGCCAGCAACGGUUUCCCCGGCAAACUGUUCUAUGGCAGCGCCAAUCUCCCCGAUUUGGUGCAGCAAAGCACCUCCCCCCUGGUCUCUCCAGGGGAUGCCUCUGGGGUCCAAUUUGGCAUGGGAGGCAGCGGAGGCUCCAAGUCCUCCUUCACGCCAUUUGUUGAUCCGAGGGUGUACGGGACCUCCCCGACCGACGAAGAUGAUAAAACCUCAGCCUCAGCGCUGUUUGCUGAUGAGUUGCUGAAGCAGGAGCAGGAGCAGGCGAGGCUCAACGAGGCCCGCAAGAUCUCCGUGGUCAACGUCAACCCCACUAACAUCAGGCCGCACAGCGACACGCCCGAGAUCCGUAAAUACAAGAAACGCUUCAACUCGGAGAUCCUCUGUGCGGCUCUCUGGGGAGUGAACCUGCUGGUGGGAACGGAGAACGGCCUGAUGCUGCUGGAUCGAAGCGGUCAAGGCAAAGUUUACAACCUGAUCAAUCGGAGGCGCUUCCAACAGAUGGACGUCCUGGAGGGACUCAACGUCCUGGUCACCAUCUCAGGGAAGAAGAACAAGCUGCGGGUUUACUACCUGUCCUGGCUGAGGAACAGGAUAUUACACAAUGACCCUGAAGUGGAGAAGAAACAGGGUUGGAUUACAGUCGGGGACCUGGAGGGCUGCGUGCAUUACAAAGUCGUGAAGUACGAGAGGAUUAAAUUCUUGGUGAUUGCUCUGAAGAACUCAGUUGAGAUCUAUGCCUGGGCACCUAAACCUUACCACAAGUUUAUGGCUUUCAAGUCUUUCACUGACCUGCAGCAUCGCCCCCAGCUGGUGGACCUGACUGUAGAGGAAGGGCAGAGGUUAAAGGUCAUCUACGGCUCUAGUGUUGGCUUCCAUGUAAUUGAUGUGGAUUCUGGAAAUCCCUACGACAUCUACAUCCCCUCACAUAUUCAGGGUCAGGUGACCCCGCACGCCAUCGUGGUUCUGCCCAAGACGGACGGCAUGGAGAUGCUGCUGUGCUACGAGGACGAGGGCGUCUACGUCAACACCUACGGACGCAUCACCAAAGACGUGGUGCUGCAGUGGGGCGAGAUGCCCACCUCCGUCGCCUACAUCCACUCCAAUCAGAUCAUGGGCUGGGGAGAGAAGGCCAUUGAGAUCCGGUCCGUGGAGACGGGACACCUCGACGGAGUUUUCAUGCACAAGCGAGCUCAGCGACUGAAGUUCCUGACGGAGAGGAACGACAAGGUCUUCUUCGCCUCGGUGCGUUCUGGAGGCAGCAGUCAAGUCUUCUUCAUGACCCUCAACAGAAGCUCCAUGAUGAACUGGUAACCCUUCCACCUCUUGGACCCGCAACCCUUGUUUUCUUCACCCUGAACAUUGGCCUCUGAGGGAUGGAGGGAUGACAGGAGGACGGCGUAUGUGUGUGUAAAUGUGUGUGCGUGCGUGUGUUUGUGGAUAAACGGACAAUUGAGCAUCAGGAGAAAACUGCAGGAGUGGGCCCACCCCACACACACCCCCCCUCCAGCUGCAGGGGGCACUACAGGGCCCCCGCGGAUGGUGCCACUGCCUGCUGAGCAAAGGCGACUCCUCGUGCUGUCGGCGGACGACGCCUCCUCCUCCCCUGCAGGCCAACGGCUGCUGUGGACAUGCCGAGUAGCCUUCGACCUCCCCGUUCGAUUGAGUGAGGAGCUGCAGAGAGUGUAGCACAUCAGUGACUUUACAUCACAGCAGUGUUCACACUGCGGGCACAGCGGCAGGUGGUUUGGCGUGUCGCAGUGAAAGCUGGUACUGCUUCUUAUACUGUGAUUAAAUUAGGUUAGAAGCACGAGCGUCCACACUAAGCCUGCUGGAUCUGACAGUUUUGUGGAUUUGAGCGCCACCAAAUGAACGUUGACGAUCGUGAGGAUGUUUUGUCACCUGCACACAACGUGGUUUCUGGCUGCCUUUAAGUUUCUGCUGAGACAAACUAGUCCCUCGAAAUAAUCGCCUUCCUUUGUCUCGAUGCACAUUUGACUCAGUAAGAAGUGAGAGGGGUGCGCACAGAUGGCUUUAUUUAAGGUAGUGUUAAAAGAACAGAGAUCAUGGCAAAGACUUAUUUAUAGCCAAAAGCGACUCGCUUUGCAGAAUCUUUCAAAUAAAGAAUUUCAGGCUUUAGAAGAAGUUAAAAAAUCCUCAGAGAGAAAUUGUUUUGUUAGUUUCUCCUCAAGCAGAGGAAGAGAUGUGAAUGACGCAGUGGAAAGAGAAUUAGUGUGACCUUAACCUCCCAGGACCUGGCGUCCACAGGUGUGGCUUAUUUAGACCAAAAUACUCAAUUUUGCUCUACAAGGGCCUGAUAUCCACUUACGAGGACGUUUUACUGCCACUGUUGUAUCGAAAUUUUAAACAAAUAUCCUCAUAUGUGGCUCUGAUGUUUCUUAGAAACAAAAAUCAGGUAAAAAAAAAAUCUGGUAAUUCUGUGUUUAAAUAAUCAUCAGGACCCAAUCAGCCCAAACAUCAACGAGAAAUUAAACAUGCUGCCGUGGAAGAGUUCAGGUCUGAGGAGGUUAAAUGACUAACACAGUCUCAAAGCUUUCUAUUAAUCAGAGACAAAUCUAGCUACAGUUUUGUGGUGACAAAUCUAACCCUGUUUUUAACCCUUACUUUCAUCAGUCUGGGCUCAUAAAAAUAACCUGACAGUUUGUGUCCAUGAACAUGACAAAAACAGUUUGCCUUGUCACGACUUUCGUGUUUUGUUAUGAGACUGUGCUGACAUGAGAAAUGAUGGCCGAGUGCAAAAUAGACGCUCACACUGAGCUUAUCAGUAAUAAUUUUGAUUUUUUUAGUGAUCCACACCCGUUCAGUACACGUUCUAUGAACCGAAGAGAGCAAAGUCUGAGUCGAGCCCUGACGCUGUCCCCCUCGGAUGCAUGUUUUCUGUUAUGUGAGCAGCUUCUGUCAUAUUUCAGGCCUGCGUCGAGAACAAAAGCACUGGGUGUGCAUCACUGUGGCCUCUGCAGCUUACUAGAGCUGUAUUGGCAGUAUAGGCAGCUUCUGGGUUGAAAAGCAAAGAACCUUUUCAAUGGUGAUCAAACCACAUGUUUAUUGGUAUUAUUGAGGUGUCAGAACCCGUUAAGGAUACGGGGGAGGACGUCAGAUGUCAUCUUUAUGGAGGAAAGACUCAAACAUGAAGGCUCUUCCUCACAGUGGCUAAUACACGUUAUGAAUUUAACACUGGAAUCUAUCUGCAGAUGUGCAAACCUGCAGAGCCAAAGCUGUGUCUUAUAUGUGAACUGGAAGAAGCUGAAUCGGUGCUUCCAAAAACCAACAAAUGUGUGUGUUGAAAUUCUAAAACACCCAGGCUUAGUGUGGAUAAGCUGCUUGUUGUCACGCCGAUAACGAUGGCGAUUUGGUUAAAUGUUUUGUCUCAGACCGAUGUAGCUCUUUGUUCCAGCAGGAAACCACGAGGCCGUGCAGACGGCGUUUCUCACAGUGUGAACACUGAUGCUGCUGCUGUUCUUCCCCGUUGGAGGCUACAACAGUUCAGACGAGCAGCGAGUGUCGCGGAGCUGCUGCACAGCCGGCUGCUUUGUCCCGGUUUGUUCCCAGCAGGGGGAGGGAGGUUGUAGAUAUUGUACCAUUGCUGCAACAGCAACACAACAACAAAAGUAUUCCCGUCAUUUUCUCACAGGAAGAACUCAGCUGUAGAGUAGGCGCCACCUUCUGGAAGUUUUUACUCUCGUCUGUCCACGCUGCUGUGUGCACUCGUGUAAAUACUCACUUUGAUGUUAAGGACAGACAAAGAAAAUAAUGACAGUCUAGCUUUUUAUCCUUUAUUUUCUGGCUCAUCCCUUUGUGAAUCUGUCGACGCUUUAGGGGGACUAAACUCAAAAGUUUCGUUUGGAUUUUUCUCUCCAUAAUUCAUUUGCCUUUAUUUCGUUUUUGCAUGAUGGCAUUCAUGUUUUUUUACCCGCCGUUACUUGUUAUGAGUUGUAAAUUUGAGGCAAUACGCGGUGGGGCGGGGGACGUCUGACUGUGUACCCUACAUCUCUGAGCUGAAAACAACAGCUGGGCUUUUAUCUGCUGAACUGCACACUGGAGGGUCACACGUUUACCAUUAAAGUUUUUAUGUUCACGAUCAUUUCCAGAGUGCAGCUGGUAAAGAGCGAGCAGGAGCGUCUUCUUAAAGGCUGGAGCUGAGCCUUUGCUGACUGUACGCGCUUGUGUUUAUAGAAGGAAGCUGCUCCAUCCUUUACUUGAUCUUCUUUUGCUGUUUUUAAAAGAGAUGGUGGAGGGGGCGAGUGAUGGCGCGUUAAGGCCAGCUGAAGCCUUUUACAUGUGCAGGAUGUUAGCAGCACCCUGUGAAUAAAGGUCAGGAGGCAGGGUCAGCUUGAGAAACCAUAGAUUAAAAAAAGAGAUAUAUACUGUAAGAAUUUUCGUUAUGAUGAUGAUAUCCUACUGAUCAUUUUAGAGAAAGACAAAAAAAUAAUGUUCACUUAUUAAAGCAUAGUUGUCUUUCUACAGAAUAGAGAACAUAGCUAUAAGAAUUUCUAAAAAAAAAUCAAACAGUACAAUGUUUUUAUUGUGGUAUUAUUUGUAUUUGUAUUUCAAUUUUUGUACGUAUCAAGACUGUGAACAUAUGUACGAUUGUUAGCCUCUGAGUGUGCGUGAGUGCGUGUGUGUGCGCGUGCGUGGAGGUGAGCAGGUGUGUGCACAGGUGUGUGCACAGGUGUGUGACAUGCAUGUGAGUUUUCACCCCGUCUGAAUCACUGGAAUCAAUCAAAAGACAACCUCGACCUGGUAACACGCAUCUGUGGUGUUGGGAAUUCUACAAUAAAUGUCCUCUCCUUGUACAGCAA